AUCUGCUAUAGUUUCUGAAAGAUUGUGUACAGAGUUAGGAGAAACAAACAUUCGUUGUUUACGAAGAUAUAUUAUAUAGCAACAAGGUAUUAUUUGCCUAGAAACGUAUCUAUGUGAUUGUUGUGGAUCGCAUGUCAGAAACAAGGUAGUGCUUCACUGAAAAGACUACUAAAAUGAUUCAAAUUAAAAGUUCGAGUUGUACUUAGCUCACGAAUGACCGUCAGUUAUUAUUACAUCACCUUUUCAUUAACAGGUGAUGGAUAUCCUGUUUAAAGAUAGAGAAAAAUACAUAGCGAUCUCAUGCGACAUAACAACCGCACCCAAAAUAUUCACAGUGUUCACUCAUUAGAAAAGUAAAAUACAUGCCCAUUCAAACUUUAUGUAAAACUCUGAAAAAGUGACUGAACUGCUUUAGCAAACCGAGUGAAACGUUCCUUGAGUUUACUUUCAUAUCAAGAAGAAGGAAACAAGCAGCGACAAGUAAAGAAAAUUGGAAGAAAAAAAUUACAACGGAACUGAAAUCUAAAAUAUAUCCUUCGGAAUGGAUGGGCUCCAUCGUAACAACCUGUUCGUUAAAUUCUUUCACGUAACGUUCCUUCUCGCCGUAAUCAUUAUUAGUUUACAAAUAACAUCGAUUAGAGCGCAGAGCGAGAGUAACAAAACAUGGGGUGAUUUUCCAGAUGCUUCAACCAAUCUUCCACCAUUAGAGUAUUCAUUCGAAGGACUAGGUGCUUAUUUCAAAUUCUCAAGAUCAUUUGUUUACAACUCUUUGAAACUUGAUCCUCUAGAUUUAUUUGAAAUGUUUGUGGGCAAGAAUAUCAAGCUUGAUAUGGAGGUUGUGAAAAAGAUAAUCUUAAAGAACAUUGGAUUUGUUGUGGCUAUUGCUGUUGGCAUUCUCUUUAUCAUUAUUUUCACUUUGGUCGGAAUGUGCUUUUGCUGUUGCCGAAAUUGCAAUAAAUGUGGUGGUAAACGAAUACAAAAAAAUGUAAAUCGCACGAGACGAAGAAUAUAUGUACUCUUGCUCCUGGUGACUAUGAUAUUAUUAAGUACUGGUCUUGCGUGUACGCUUGCGUCUAUAUCACAAAUGGAGAGAAAUAUUAAAACCGUGCCAAAGACAAUAACAACAAGUGUGGACUAUGUCAACGACUAUAUUGACAAAUUAUUUGAACAAGUAGAUUUCAUUGGCAGCAAAACCGAAUCAUUACUCAUGGACGAAAUUGAAAGAGAAAUGGAGAAUAUUGGAACAAAUGUUGGUGGUAAAUUACAAACAGAUAUUGAUACUGCGACACACAUUAGGGAACAUUUUAGAAGUCUUCGUCAGUUUGAAAAAAAUAUGAGUACUAUUCAAAGCAUAAUUCAUGAUGUAAAUUCUACAGUGGUGUCUUUAGAAUCAGCCGUAAACACAUUGAAUACUAGUCUGUUAACCCUCCGAACUAAUAUUAAAACUGCAUGUGGCAACUGUAUGAAUACGGACAAACUUGAAACACACUUUGAUACAAAUAAUCUUCCUGAUAUAACAAGCAAUAUAAACGCAAUCGACUCUGUGGUUUCCAAGGGGCUUGGUAGUUUGAUAGAUCCGUCAGAAAAGGCUUUCAAUGACAUUCCAGAAGUAGUCCAAAAUAAUUCAGAGGCAAUGUCUAAAGACAUAAAAAAUAUCAUUACAAAGUUUCGGUCUACUAUUGAAAAGUAUAGAAAAGACACGUUGAAACUUAAAGAAAGUAUUGGCGAUUCAAUAAGAACAACAACGGAUCUUCGGAAACAGGGAUUAUCACUAAGUUACGACGAUAUCGGUAAUGAAGCUGACGCUUACUGGCUGGCCAUUAUUGUCCCCUUUGGGUGCAUUACUGCUCUCAUACCAAUCUUUCAACUUCUUGGAAUAAUACUUGGCACAUGUGGAAAUGGAGACAUGGAGAAACCCACUAAAAGGAAUUCAACAUCCAACUGUGGUGGAAUUUGUUUGAUGUUCUCCGUUGGUUUUAUGUUUUUCUUUGGCUGGUUACUUAUGAUAUUGACAACUGUCACCUACAUACCGGGUUCCAUAGUCGAACGAUAUGGCUGCGAUUUGGUACGAAAUAUUGACACAAAUUUAGAAAAGUUAAUAGAUACGGCACUUCCAAAUAAAAAAGUGUUUGGCGAUAUCCUGCCGUUAGAAAUAAAUGCAUCAAUUUCUGAUGUCUACAGUCGGUGUAAGGCAGGUGAAAGUAUUCCUGAAGCCACAGAAUUGAACACUAUCAUCAAUGAUACAAUUAAAGAUUUUGAAAAACAAAUAACAAUUAAAGACAAAAUCGAGAGUAUUUCGGUGGAUUUGAGCCAUAUUGAAAUAAUGAAUGGUGAUGUUGACAAGUGGUUUGCGGAUAUGAAAGGUGGAUUAGAUAUCAACUUUGGAAACUUUACAUCUGAACUCCGGAAAGAAUCUACUCAAGCAAAUCUUACCGUGAUUUCAAGUGAGCUAAAUACACUAGCCACUAAUAUACCUAAGCAAGCCCUUAUCCCUUUAGCAAUAGAGGCAGAACGUAUCGACAAAAAUGAAGUGAAAAAUGUGACAGAUUUGAAAAACAGAUUGGAGCAGGAUAUCCAUUUAUUAAAAGCUAAGAGUCAGCAAAGCCUGAAAAUAUAUAACGACCUCGUAUCAGCCAUUAAUGCUUCGGAAGACUUCUUGAAAAAUCGCCUAGAUAGCACAAUUAAAAAUCAAUUACUACAUUUUGCUGACUAUUUACUAGGGAUCUGGAAUAAUUUUGUUUCCAACAUUCUCCGUUUGCUCAACAACAUGUUAUCUUGCAAACCAGCUGUGGAUCUGUUUGAGUACUUGGUUAUAGGAUUUGUAUGUGGUACAGUUGAUGCGUUCAACGGAUUUUGGUUUGGUCUUGGCUGGUUCGUAUUUUUUUUUAUUCCGGGAAUAAUUUUUUCAGUUAAACUUGCAAAAUACUACCACAGAAUGACUUUGUGUGACGAAGAGGAUUCAAGUGACAUACAAAUGACCUAUAAUAACCAAGGAUAUGAUUCACCACGAUCCCCUUUGCCUUAUAACAAAGUUGGGCAAAUGUAGAGAACACGCAAUAAAGUAAAAGAUGCUGCACUGCAGCUGCAGGAAAUGAGUGUACUGUUGCUGCAGCUACUACUACUACUACUACUACUACUACUACUACUACUAACGUGGCAGCCAACAUCUUUCAAGAUUGUUGGCCUUCUUUUCUACUGUAGGCACAAAUUCUAAAAUGUUUGUGGAAAGGGAAAGUCGAUCACAUUUAUGGACCCCGAAAGUAUGAAAGUCGAAGUCUACCUCUCGGCGGAAAUUGAACUCGGAACGUA